GUCCACCCAAAAAGAAAAAAAAAAGGGGAAAAAAAAAAAAACUCUCGAAGUCGAAGCCUUCCUGGAGCUCUCUUCAACCGGACUGAAGAACCCACCUAGGGCUCACCUUUGCUUUUUUGUUUUUGUCUUUGCUGGGAUUUUUUCUUCGAUCCCCAAUCGUUGAAUUAUCUGGAUUGCUUGGGAAUUUCUGAGAGGGAUAUUUGGGGUCCAGAUUCACUGCCGGGCAAGUUCGUGAUUGAGACAUGGGAUUGUAUCAAACAGUUUUAUGCUUCUUAAAUGGUGGAUAAAGAAUCUUGAAGGAAUGUCUGACUUGUGUAUGUACAAGUUUGCGUGUGUAUUCUACUUAUAUACAUUUGGGUAGAGGACCAAAUUGUUGAUGCAAAGCAACUUGUAGAUUUGCUUAGCUGUAGCCCUUUUCUGUUACCAUUGUGUCUCAGAGGACUUUUGCAAUUCAAGUUCAAGCUAACGACCAUGAAAUGGAUGCCGUAGUAUAAGAAGAUAUCACUGGUAUUUGCUGAUCUUGUGGUCGGUCAUAAGUUGGUGUAGCUGAUGUUGCCAUUGGGGUGAAGGCGACAUCACUAGUAACUGCUCAAGGAUAAUAUUUGGAAGGACUUCACUGGGAAUGAUGAUUAUAUAGUGCCUCAUCUUGGUGACGAACUUUGGGAUCUAUUUGACGUGCGGAGUGAUAGUCUUGAGAAUUCUAAUCCCAAAAUUAGCUUUACAGAUGAUGCUUACAAUGCAACUAAGUUCAGUUUUCUUGGUAAGGAGAAAGUAAUAACACAAACAUCAAUCAUGAAGAAUACAGUUCUGGAAAAAGAUUCAUGGCCUCAUACACCUGAUGGUGUUCCUACUUCAAACAGUGACUCGUUCAAAGAUGUGAAAAUGGAACCAAACGGUCUUAGUAUGCCAAACCGCUGCUUUAAAACAGACGUGGGUACAGACUUUGAUUACUGCACAGAUGAUCAUAUUGUAACUGACAACAGUGCUGCAGAUGAGAAUGACAUGUAUCAAUAUUCUGUCAGUCACAUGUCUCAAACAGGUAAUGAUAUUAGUUUUCUGGAUGAUGAUUGUGAAAACAAAGAAAACAACGAUCUUCUAUUUUAUGGGUGGCAAGAUAUGGAAAGCUUUGAGGACGUAGAUAGGAUGUUCAGAAAUUGCGAUUCAACAUUUGGGCUCGGGAAUCUAAGCAAUGAAGACGAUCUAUGCUGGUUUUCCCCAUCCCAUGGCUCAGAAAAACUCGAAGAAAAACCAACAAAGUCGAACUUUAAUUUUUCGUGCUGUGAAGGAAGUACAAUAAAUGAUGCAUUGGAAUUUAAUGAAGGUUCUAAUCCCCUGAGUUCUGACCCAUCAUCUGAUGGUUUGAACAAAAAUAAUAUUUUAACUGGGUGUAAGGUAUAUGAUGGGAUUGACUCUGCUGCUGUUAGUCACUUGUUAGCUGCUGACAUACCAGAUAGAAAAAGAAAUUCUAGAGGUGACUUGAUACCUAAACAACAGGAGUCUUCUUUUGCAUCUAAUCAACUACAGGCUGUACCUAGCUCUCAUAAUCCUUCCUUUGACGCCCCAACAAUUGCAGCAAAUGAAAAUAGAGAAAAACUGUACCACCAGGAUUUACCAGCCUCAUUCAAUAAGAAUUUCACUUUGAUGUCUAUGCCAAAUUCGGAAACAUUCAGUACUUCAUUUCCAGUUAGAAAGCAUGCACCAAGAUCUGAAAGUGAAAUUGAUGAUGGUCACAGUGAAACUGGCGUAGUUAGCCGAGAAAGUCGAGCGGAAUUAGAUUCUUCAAAUGCACCGGAUAUAUCUUGCCGGAGCACUACGCUAGAUGGAAUCUCAUUGGAAGCAACUAGUUUUUGCCAGCUUCAACAAGUAAUGGAGCAGGUAUUGGAUAUUCGGACGAAACUAUGCAUAAGAGAUAGUUUAUAUCGCCUGGCAAGAAGUGCGGAGCAGAGACAUAACUGUGCAAAUCUUAAUGAGAAUAUUAGAGAAGAUAAACUUGUGAGAAUUGCACCGUUGAUCGAUCAAGACGCUAACAGGAGUGGAGGUUUUUUGGAUUUGGAAACUGAUACCAAUCCUAUCGACCGAUCAGUCGCCCACUUGCUGUUUCACCGGCCUUCGGAUCCAUCUGUAAUGCCCACUGGUGGUAAUGCCUUGCCUCUGAAAUCUCCCAAACUGGUGCCAGCCGAAAAACAAAAUUUUCAGGACGAAACUGGGGGAGCUACAGCUUAUGCAGCAGCAGAUCAAAAGCCGCUGUCAAAUGGGAAAAACUAUGAGCAGUAGUAAGCUCUGUAAAAUAUUGUGUAAUAACAUGCCAAAUGAGGCCGAGCAUCGAUGCAUGGUGUGAUUUCCAGUCUAUACUCGUUUACUAUCGUAAUCUCUGUGAAAUUUGUUUCUCCAUGCAUCCUUCUUGGUCAGGUCCUUCAAAUGCUUACCUUGAAAGUCUAAGUAGGCUAUAAUUCUACCUGUCUUUGGCUAAUGUAUUAAGAGCCUGUUUAACUAUGCUGAUUACUGAAAUAUUUUGUGCAUUAGUUACUGCUUUUAUAGGCUAAUCCCAAUCCACAGGUCUUGUUACCUACCCGACAGUCAACUAGUGGAGUCUCUUUUUGUUAUCUGCAAAAACAAAAAACUGGCACUGUUAGGAAAUGGCCUGGCCAUGAUUUUUGGAAGUUUAAGUCAUUUCUGUUUGUAUGUUAGUGAUUCAUUUGAGUUCAAAGUUUAGAUUAUGUAGCGUUUAUCUCUCUGUUUAGAUGAAUAAAUGGUGGAUUACUAUGUA